GAGUGAGUGAGGGGGGGUCGCGGGACCCAGGCGGAAGUCGCCGGCCACGCCCCCCGUCCGGCUACUCUUUGGAUCCGGGCCCGGGGCGCUCCGCCCGCUGCGCCGCGCCGGCUCCUGCCUUCCUCCGGGGCACCUCCGAGCCGCGCUGGGAAAACGCGGAGCCGGGCCAUGAGCGUGGGCUUCAUCGGCGCCGGCCAGCUGGCCUGCGCCCUGGCGCGGGGCUUCACGGCCGCAGGCAUCCUGUCGGCUCACAAGAUCAUAGCCAGCUCCCCGGAAAUGGACCUGCCCACGGUGUCCGCGCUCAGGAAGAUGGGCGUGAACCUGACCCGAAGCAACAAGGAGACAGUGAGGCACAGCGACGUCCUGUUCCUGGCCGUGAAGCCACACAUUAUCCCCUUCAUCCUGGACGAGAUUGGGGCUGACGUCCAGGCCAGGCACAUCGUGGUCUCCUGUGCGGCUGGUGUCACCAUCAGCUCUGUGGAGAAGAAGCUACUGGCGUUCCAGCCGGCCCCCAAGGUGAUUCGCUGCAUGACCAACACGCCUGUGGUCGUGCGGGAGGGCGCCACGGUGUACGCCACAGGCACCCACGCCCUGGUGGAGGAUGGGCAGCUCCUGGAGCAGCUCAUGAGCAGCGUGGGCUUCUGCACGGAGGUGGAGGAAGACCUGAUUGACGCCGUCACGGGGCUCAGCGGCAGUGGCCCUGCCUACGCGUUCAUGGCCCUGGAUGCGUUGGCUGAUGGUGGGGUGAAGAUGGGCCUGCCGCGGCGCCUGGCGGUCCGACUGGGGGCCCAGGCCUUGCUGGGGGCUGCCAAGAUGCUGCUGGACUCGGAGCAGCAUCCAGGCCAGCUCAAGGACAACGUCUGCUCCCCUGGGGGGGCCACCAUCCACGCCCUGCACUUCCUGGAGAGUGGGGGCUUUCGCUCCCUGCUCAUCAAUGCGGUUGAGGCGUCCUGCGUCCGAACACGAGAGCUGCAGUCCAUGGCCGACCAAGAGAAGAUCUCCCCAGCCGCGCUCAAGAAGACCCUCCUGGACAGAGUGAAGCUCGAGUCCCCCACGGUGUCCAUGCUGACCCCCUCCAGCUCGGGGAAGCUGCUCACGAGAAGCCCAGCCCCAGGAGACAGGAAGGACUAAGGCAGCCUCUGCCGUCCUCUCUGUGACCAGGGCCCUUGGCAGAGGGGCCGUGCAGGGAGAGGGCAGGCUCAGAUUCCAAGGUUUCAGAUCCUUGUUAGGAAACCCCCUUUAAUCUGUUCAGACCUAGCAGCACUAGUUUCCCCUCCGUCCUGCGUUGAAGCUGUCUGAAGGGGCGGUUGAUGCCGGAAGCCAGCUGCAGCUGCACACCUGCCACUGUUGCAGGAGAGAGGCUGGCACCCCGGGCAGAGCCCCAGCUCAGUAGGGAGGACCAACUGGAGCCCAAGGCAGGAUCAGUUGACACCAAGUCAGAGAGGCGAGAGGUACAAAAACAUGACAAGGGUUUUUUUCUUUGCAUUGAAGGUGAGUGUCUUAGAGUUGUCACAAUUAGAAAUGCACGAAAUCAGACAAUGCUUAUAUUUAACUCUUGCUUCAUAGGUGCACCAUUGAAAAAGUGCUAUUCAGUGCUGCCAAGUGUAGCUACUUUAAUAAAGUUUUAUUUUCGAUU